CCCCGCCCCGGCGGCCGCAGAGGGGGGGCUGGGCCGGGCUGGCAGCGGGGCGAGGGGCCGGCCGAGCCCGCGGGCGGCUAUAAAGGCGGCGGGGCAGGGCUCGCAGCCGCUCCCGCCGCUCCCGCCGCCCGUCUCUCGUCUCGCCGCUCGCCCCGCGCCACCGCCGAGCUGGAGGAGCGCCGCAGGUCCCAGUCCCGCAGGAUGGAGGACGAGGCGGUACUGGAUAGAGGGGCUUCCUUCCUUAAACAUGUGUGUGACGAAGAAGAAGUGGAAGGGCAUCACACUAUUUACAUCGGGGUCCACGUGCCGAAGAGCUACAGGAGGAGGAGGCGUCACAGAAGAAGACCUGGGCACAAAGAAAAGAAAGAGAAGGAGAAAAUCUCUGAGAACUACUCGGACAAAUCAGACGUAGAAAACGCUGACGAAACAAGCAGCAGCAUCCUUAAACCGCUCAUCUCCCCUGCUGCCGAACGCAUCCGCUUCAUCCUCGGAGAGGAAGAUGACAGCCCAGCACCCCCGCAGCUCUUCACCGAGCUGGAUGAACUUCUGGCCAUCGACGGACAAGAGAUGGAGUGGAAGGAGACUGCAAGGUGGAUCAAGUUUGAGGAGAAGGUCGAACAGGGUGGGGAGCGAUGGAGCAAACCGCACGUGGCUACCUUGUCCCUGCACAGCCUGUUCGAGUUAAGGACGUGUAUAGAGAAAGGCUCGAUCAUGCUGGAUAUGGAAGCUUCUUCUCUCCCGCAGGUGGUGGAAAUGAUUGUGGACAAUCAGAUCGAGACAGGGCUUUUGAAACCGGAACUGAAGGACAAGGUCACCUACACGCUGCUCAGGAAGCACCGGCACCAGACCAAGAAGUCCAACCUACGCUCCCUGGCUGACAUCGGAAAGACCGUCUCCAGUGCAAGUAGGAUGUUUUCCAACCCCGAUAAUGCACGCAGCCCGCUCGAGAGCUCCGUGCCCUGCCUCGCCACCCGCACGUUGGAUGAUGAAAUCCGGGUGCAGCGCAGCCCCAGCGUGGGAUGGCUCAGCAGCCCGGCCAUGGCCCACAGAAACCUGACUUCCACCAGUCUGAACGACAUCUCUGACAAGCCUGAGAAGGACCAGCUGAAGAAUAAAUUCAUGAAGAAAUUGCCGCGGGAUGCUGAGGCCUCCAACGUGCUUGUUGGGGAGGUGGACUUCCUGGAAGGUCCUUUCAUCGCCUUCGUCCGGCUGCAGCAGGCAGUCAUGCUGGGUGCUCUCACUGAAGUCCCCGUACCUACCCGAUUUCUCUUCAUUCUGCUGGGACCGAAGGGCAAAGCAAAGUCCUAUCAUGAGAUCGGCCGAGCCAUUGCCACUCUGAUGUCAGAUGAGGUGUUCCAUGACAUUGCCUACAAAGCCAAGGACCGGCAGGACCUGAUCGCCGGCAUCGAUGAGUUUCUGGAUGAAGUCAUCGUGCUCCCUCCUGGGGAAUGGGAUCCGGCCAUUAGGAUAGAGCCCCCCAAGUCUCUUCCAUCUUCGGAUAAAAGGAAAAACAUGUACUCCGGCGGAGAAAACCUACAGAUGAAUGGAGACACCCCUCAUGAUGGAGGACACGGUGGUGGGGGCCAUGGGGACUGUGAAGAACUGCAACGAACUGGAAGAUUCUGUGGGGGCUUAAUCAAAGACAUCAAGAGGAAAGCGCCGUUCUUCGCCAGCGACUUCUACGAUGCUUUAAAUAUCCAAGCGCUUUCAGCCAUCCUUUUCAUCUACCUGGCCACAGUGACCAACGCCAUCACCUUUGGAGGAUUGCUUGGGGAUGCUACGGAAAACAUGCAGGGCGUUUUGGAGAGCUUUCUGGGCACAGCAGUCACCGGUGCGAUAUUUUGCCUUUUUGCUGGUCAGCCCCUCACCAUUUUGAGCAGCACAGGACCUGUUCUUGUCUUCGAACGGCUUCUCUUUAAUUUCAGCAAAGACAAUGAUUUUGACUACCUGGAGUUUCGCCUCUGGAUUGGGCUUUGGUCAGCCUUCCAGUGUCUCAUUCUGGUCGCUACCGAUGCCAGCUUCCUAGUCAAGUACUUCACGCGCUUCACCGAGGAAGGCUUCUCCUCCCUCAUUAGCUUCAUCUUCAUUUACGACGCUUUCAAGAAGAUGAUCAAGCUGGCAGAUCAUUAUCCCAUCAACUCAGAGUUCAAGGUGGACUACAUCACGCAUUACUCUUGUGCCUGUGAACCAGUAGAUCCAGUUAAUAGUUCAUUCUUGAACAGGACGGCAGCGCCGUUGGCGGAUGAGCUGCUCUCUUCCCCGGCUGAGAUGUCCAACUCCACCGUCGACUGGUCAUCGCUGACAACCAAGGAGUGCUUGAAAUACGGAGGGCAGCUUGUGGGCAACAACUGUGACUACGUCCCUGACAUCACCCUCAUGUCUUUCAUCCUCUUUUUCGGCACUUACACCUGCUCCAUGGCCCUGAAGAAAUUCAAGACCAGUCGCUAUUUUCCAACCACGGCCCGGAAGCUCAUCAGUGACUUUGCCAUUAUCUUGUCCAUCUUGAUUUUCUGUGGGAUUGAUGCCCUGGUAGGUGUGGACACACCAAAACUCAUCGUGCCAAGUGAAUUCAAGCCAACCAGUCCCGAGAGGGGUUGGUUUAUCCCGCCGUUUGGAGGGAACCCGUGGUGGGUGUACCUGGCAGCAGCCAUCCCUGCGCUGCUGGUGACCAUCCUCAUCUUCAUGGACCAACAAAUCACAGCCGUCAUCGUCAACAGGAAGGAGCACAAGCUCAAGAAAGGUGCUGGAUACCAUCUGGAUUUAUUCUGGGUGGCCGUUCUGAUGAUCAUCUGCUCCUUUAUGGGUCUGCCCUGGUACGUCGCUGCUACCGUCAUCUCCAUCGCUCAUAUUGACAGCUUGAAGAUGGAGACGGAAACCUCAGCCCCCGGAGAACAGCCCAAGUUUUUGGGAGUGAGGGAGCAGAGAGUCACGGGAUUCAUCGUUUUCAUUCUGACCGGUGUGUCCGUCUUUAUGGCUCCCAUCCUAAAGUUCAUUCCCAUGCCUGUGCUCUACGGCGUCUUCCUCUACAUGGGAGUCGCAUCCCUCAACGGCGUGCAGUUCAUGGAUCGUCUGAAGCUGCUCUUGAUGCCUCUAAAGCACCAGCCUGACUUUAUCUACCUGCGCCACGUCCCGCUGCGCAGGGUCCAUCUCUUCACCUUCCUGCAGGUGGUGUGCCUGGCCCUCCUCUGGAUCCUCAAGUCGACCGUGGCUGCUAUCAUAUUCCCUGUCAUGAUCCUGGCACUUGUGGCAGUCAGAAAAGCCAUGGACUACCUCUUCUCCCAGCACGAUUUAAGCUUUCUUGACGACGUCAUUCCAGAAAAGGACAAGAAAAAGAAAGAGGAUGAGAAGAAGAAGAAAAAGAAGAAGGGCAGUGUGGACAGUGACAAUGAUGAUGAGAAAAAUCACCAACAUUCCUUGAACGCCAUACGUCGUGCUGAUACAAUUCCUUUCCUUCAGUCACACACCAUGCCAAGCCCUCCACGAACUCCAGUAAAAGUUGUGCCUCAAAUUAGAAUAGAACUUGAGCCUGAAGAUAGCAGUUACUUCUGGAGGAGCAAGGGAACAGAAACUACUUUGUAAUUUGUCUGUCUCUUAAACCUGUGAUGGGAUUUCUUUUGUCACUAGCCAAAUAUUAAACCGCUCCCUGCUCCCCACCCGCACCGGUCACCGCGACACCGCACCCUCGGCCCCUCGCCCCGUUGGUUCUGCCUUCUCUGUUGCUUCCCCGCGCACGCGCCUCUCGCUGGCGAGCAGAGGGCAGGAGCGCCGACCGGACCGGGGGAGCGCGCAGCGCUGAGGCUGCGAGGCUGCGUGUGUCCGUUCGUCCAUCUGUCCUCUGGCAGAACAGAAGCGACCUCCGGGCCGAGGCGACGUCGUGCUGACGUCGCUGGAAGACGCUGGAAAGUGCUGCUGAUGCUAACGCACUCUUACAGCCUGUGCUUGCAGUUCUGCAGGAAGGACGAGGAGAAGGUACUUCGCUCCCAGCGCAGAGGAACCGUCGCCACCCUCGUAGCAUGUGUUUGGAAACAUCCCUUUCCUAUGCAAUUUUUUUUAAAGGAACACUUUAAUGGACUUAAUCCGUCAGGUACAUGGAAGAGUGUUAUUUUCCUAGAUUAUUUUGUUUAAAUUAUGGGGGCCUAACCUUUUUUUUUGUCAAUUUUUUUAACCUUUUUUUAAUUACUGUAAAGAAACAAAUGAAUUUUUCCUGCAGCAGGAAACGUAUAGUUCUGAGUAGUUCUACCUCUUAUUUCUAGAUGCCAGGCUUUCUGUAAAAACAAUGUCUUGUACCAUAUAUAAUGUGAUUUUUACAAACGGAAAAACAAAAACCACCACUGCACCACAAUCUCCAGGACACGGCGUAGGGCUGCAUCGGUUUGGGUAACACCCUCUACUCUGAAGCAUCUGUUUGAUUUAGGGUUGUGUUAUUUUCCUUUCUGGUUAUUGUAUAAAUAAUCUAAUUCGACAGUGAAGGAGACGGGCGGUAAAUCUCUUGUGAGCCAGGAAGUCUUAAUCGUCGUCGUGGUGAGCGAAACGCUGAGCGGCUGCGGCGCCGGAGGGCGGAUGCCGAUUGCACUCGUGUUGCUGAUCACCUGCACGGUAUUGUUUUAGUUAUUCCUUUUGAAACGUCAAUGUGUGCGCAGGGGGCGGUGUACACACCACAAGAUGCCGCUGUUCGGGCACCGGCACAGCACAAUGGAGGAGAACGCUGAAGGUGGCCUACAGGGCUGUUCAUCCCAUCGCUCCUGUGCCAGGCUCGCCAACACCUGCAUCCUCUGGCAUCCCACAUCUACCGAAUUGACCCUGAAUCUUGGCCGCCCGGUCCUCGCCCCGUCCAUCCGUACAAGGUGAUGAUCAGUACCGAGCAGGGGAGGUGUGGGCACCCCCAGGCUUUUGGUUGGGAAUCAGGCAAGGAAGGAUCACCCUGGGAGAGGCGAUUUUCUCUCCGUCGCACUUAUGUGCGUGCACGCAUUUGGGAGACGGGGCUCCACCAAGUGAUUUCUUUGAUAUGAAGCGCGGGGAUUGCAUCUAACGCACUAUAAAGGCUUCAUCAAAAAGAAAUGUCCCAGCUGUAGGGGCUAAUUCCCCAGCGGAAGAAAAUCCCGGCCCAGAGGACUGGCACAUUGCUGCCGCUCCAGUCCUUGUGAAACCAAAGGCUGUGUUGGUUAAGGAAAGAGUUUUCUGGUGGUGCUGAGACCUCAAUGCCAAAAUCUAGCAUCCACUCACUGGUAGCAGCCGUGUCAGCAACAAGAGGCGCAGCAGACGCCGGCCACACCGGUUUCCCUUCAGCGCUGUGGUGAAAGGGAGAGCCGGGAGGGACCGGGAUGGUUUGAGCUCCAUCUGCAGCCCACAGUCAUUGAUGAUGAGCUGCAGAGGCGGCUGCAGCGCACACACAUGCGCACCUCCAGACAUUUCCCCUCCACGUUCUCCAGGGGGUUCAGUUGGGGCUUCCACGAAAUGUGUGUUGACUUCUGGAUGUGCAUCUUGGGGACGCAGUGCAAAGGAAAGGAGUGGGAGGUGGCAGAAAUGGC